UCUGCUCUGCACAGGCCUCGCUGCUCUGCGCGCAACAGCAACGCCGCGCCGCGGUCCCGAUCAGGAAGUGAAUUUGAAGAAAAUAAGCGACUGUGGAGGUAGAAUGACAUAGAGGGGGAGAGGUGGGAGAGAAGCAAGCGGAGAAAGAAGAGACUAACGGAGGGAGGGACGACCCUUGUUUCUGGACCCUGUAUUGAGCUGCUCCCCUCUUGGAUAUACUGCACCGCCAAAAAAAUGCUCAUAAAGGAAUUUCGAGUGAUUCUUCCUAUCUCUGUGGAAGAGUACCAGGUCGGCCAGCUGUACUCUGUGGCCGAGGCCAGUAAGAAUGAGACGGGUGGAGGAGAAGGAGUGGAGGUGCUAAAAAAUGAGCCCUACGAGAAAGAUGGAGAGAAGGGACAGUACACACACAAAAUUUACCAUUUGCAGAGUAAAGUGCCGUCAUUCGUCAGAAUGUUGGCUCCAGCUUCAGCUCUCAACAUCCACGAGAAAGCCUGGAACGCAUACCCAUACUGUCGCACAGUUAUCACUAAUGAGUAUAUGAAAGAUAACUUCCUGAUCAAGAUUGAGACAUGGCACAAACCUGACACGGGACACCUCGAAAAUGUACAUGGUUUGGAUGCAGAAACCUGGAAGAAGGUGGAUGUAGUCUAUCUGGAUAUCGCAGACAGAAGCCAAGUGGAUUCGAAGGACUACAAGCCAGAGGAGGACCCAUGCAGGUACAAGUCAGUGAAGACAGGACGAGGCCCUCUAGGACCAGACUGGAAGAAAGAACUUCCUAAGAAGACAGACUGCCCACACAUGUGUGCCUACAAACUGGUCACUGUCAAAUUCAAGUGGUGGGGCCUGCAAAAUAAAGUGGAGAACUUCAUUCAAAAGCAAGAGAAGCGCUUGUUCACUAAUUUCCACCGUCAGCUGUUCUGCUGGAUCGACAAAUGGAUCGACUUGAACAUGGAAGACAUUCGUCGCAUGGAGGAGGAGACACGCAAGGAGCUAGAUGAGAUGAGAGUGAAGGACCCAGUGAAAGGGAUGGUGGCUCUAGAGGACUGAGGUUGAGUUGGACCGUGAAUGCUGCUGCUCAUCAGACCGGACUACCCAGACACCAGCGGAUUCACAUCCUCCUUCUAUUCCAACUGACGCAAACAUCUGACCGGCCGGUCCAAACCCCCAUCCCCCGCUUCUGCGGUACAAUCUGGUUUUCAGGGACCUGGACCCAGUAAACUCCCAGUUUUCAGAUGAUCUCCUCCAACAUAUCCCAUCUCCCUUGAGUCCCAUCCACCUCUUAUUUGUUUUUCCAUCCAGUGUCCCCAUCUUAUUACCUGCUCUGAGGCCUCCAGUAGCUAUAGAUCUUGUCAGUCAGUCCUCUCUUUCUCUCUCAGUCACGAAACCGUUCUAAACUACAGAGAAAAUAGUGUCAUUUAUCUCUGCAAUUUAGGAUUUAUUUCUACUUAAGAUAUCCCAAUGGUGUGUAUAUAUACAGUAUGCCGUAUAACAGGGAGCUGAAUAAUUGUAUUGAAAUAUAUAUAUAUAUAAAUAUAAAUAUAUAUGAACAGGGUUUUUAAAAGGAUUUUGUCUGUAAGUUUGUCUGUGGAUGUUUAGUUUUUCCAGACCAAGAUCUGCUCAUUGUUGAGUUUUGAUCCUGGGAUUUUGUAUUUAUUUGGCGGGGUUUGUCAUAAUACCUCCGUCUCUCCAUUUGUGUCAUGCAGUGUUUGCUUUAGUUGUUCAAAUCAAUUUGCAAGUCUACAAACGGCACCUGCAAAGUUGGGAUUGUGCUGAGAGUGUUAUGUUGUCUCUGCUAUACUCCAGACCAACUAUCUCCUCUAAUAUGUUGAGGCAUUCAUUGGCUUUUCUGCUGCUCUGUGUGUGUGAGUGUGUGUGUGUGUGUGUGUGUGUGUGUGUGUGUGUGUGUGUGUGUGUGUGUGUGUGUGUGUGUGUGUGUGUGUGUGUCUGUUUCUGUAGCGUUGUAAGGUCUUCAAGGUUUCCAGACAUGUUUUUUUAUUUCUCUCUCUAGAUCAUUUCUAGCUCUUCAGUUCCAUUAGGCUGUUCAAAUGGGCCGCUUGAAAGUGCAGUAAUUUAAACAUGCAGUCGUGCACACACACACACACACACAUACACACACAUACACACACAGUGAUAGUAUACAAGGAUAUAAGUCAAAUGUAUCACUCUGCAAAGGGAGAUGCCCAGUGAAUGAGUCUUUAUUUCAACAAACUUCACAUUCUUUUAGCUGCAAACCUCGUUAUCAUGGCGGUGGUUUUAACAUUAGCAGCCAUAUUGAAUACGCAGCUCGUCCCGCUCGCUGUAGAUAGAUAAAUGGUUCUUUGAAAGUAAAACUUUAUGUGAUCUGCAUCAGUUUUUGCCCUGUCAUCCAUUCUGUCACCUCCAGUGGAUAAAUGGUCUUAUCCAGCAAUAGCAAUAACUACCAUGAAACAUUGGUCUCUCCUUUUAUCAUUGCAAAUCUAAUCUUACUCUACUGUUUGUUCCUAUCCUGAGAACAGUUUUGGUAAAGCAGAGCCCAUGCUGAAAGUCAAGGAUGGUUAAGUGAUUGAUUAAUUAUUUAUUAAAUGCUGGUUUUAUUGUGUUUGUGUUUGGAUGAGGUGGAUUUCUCUCCUGCUGGAAUCUAAAGCCUGUUACUUGUAAUAGUGUGGUUUUUCGGUAUAUGCAUGAGUGUACAUGAGUGAUGUACAGUAGCGUGUCUUUGAAGAGAUCCGAUGCUGGCUGGGUAAAGAUGGGAGGAAGUAAGAGACCUAGAGGAGUGAUAACAGCAGACACUAACCUUGUUCCUCUUGUUGACGUCUGUUUGGCCUCCUUUGUCCUCACUUACUUUUGUCAUCCUCUUUUGCAUCACCUGUUCACCUUUAUCUUAUAACAGUGUGGAAACUUUAGAGCAAGCAACAGAUAAUGUCAAAACAAAAUUUAUCAUUUGUGAUAUUAGGCUAUACAAAAUAAAAAAACUUAUUUUAUUUUUUUACAUUUUCUUGGUAUAAGAAGAAUAUUAAUCAGCUAUAUUCCGUCUAACUCAUGACAUGACAUGACAGAGCAGAGCAAAUGAUUAUAUUUAAAUAAAUUGCUCUUGUAUCUUUAUGUAUUUGCUAGAGUUCACCAUAACCCUGAGGUGCUCAUAGAAUUGGGGUGGAGUUUCUUUAGAAAGCAGCAUUGACACCAGUCUUCCAGGGCCUCGUGAAUUAUGAUUACACAGAAAUGGAGAAUUGAAAUGCCUUCAUGCUUCAUUUGACACGAUAAUAUUGUAGUAGUGUUAUUGUGUGAUCAUUGGCCUAUACAUUUAUGUAAUCUGUCUUAAGCCCAAACACACGGCGUAAAAAGGCCGUUAAAAACUGCAAAUGUCAUUAUUGGCAACCACCCGAGCGCUAUACUUAAAACUUGUUUUAUCUUAUGACACUUUUUUUCAUGUCCCUGCAUAAACUAUCUCUAUUAAGUUUAUAAAACCAGUCACCGCAUAACCUUUUCUGUUGCCUCCCCUUCAAAGAAAACACCCUGGAUGUCCCACCCUUCCACCUCUCUCUGUGUCCAUCAAGCAUCUCACUCACUGUCUGUGAUGGGGCUACCAACUGAAUCAUGGAGAUUUGUGGAUGUACUGUAUGUAUUGACUUUGUAAAUACUAAAUAAAGUAAUGUAGAUGAACACAUAUAUAUAUAGAUCAGACUGUCCUGCCAGACCUACAGCACAGCCUCUCCACACGUGAUCCUCUUAUUCCAUCGUUAUCACACCACAGUGACCAAGUUGCUCUCACAGAGGUAUUACUGUGAGGAGAUGUAGAGUUAUAGUUGAUUAGACGUUUUGAGGAAAACUGUGAGCUAUAGAAAUAAACAAAAGAAAAAAACACAUUGUCACAUAUUGAGAUCAUUUUGCUGCAGAUUUUAGGAUGCUCCAGCAAAGCAGUGAAUAGCUGCUGUGUGGUUUGUAGCUGGAGGAAAAGAAAUGAAAAAGCAAAAACCCUGUUCACUAUUUCCUCUCACAUUGUUCUUCCCUCACAGGGGCCAUGUCUCAUUGGCAGGAUAGUGUAUAGAUAUAUAUUUUUGUUCUGAGUGUUGUUGUACCUCUGUUGUCAGUCUCUGAACUGCUUCUCUCACCGAUAAGAAACAUAUAAUGGCAGCUUGGGUCAGUUCAUUGAUCCACAUAAUUAGCUGAUGGUGUCAGCCCUUGUGCGAGUUAGAUUUCCCCUCCUAUGGUUUGUGAUGGGGAUCGAGGGGAAAUGACUCUGCAUUUAGGAACACUGGGUGCUGUAGGGUUGGAGUUAUAGCUAUGUAGGAGAAAAAGACAAUUAGAUGUGGUUGUUUCAAAACAGAUAGUGGCAUAAGGUCCAUUUUAAGAGCCUGAAGACACCAUACAAACUUGUGAGAGAACAUGGUUUAACAGAGACAAUCUCAUAGAUAUCUGUUGUUAGAUUCCUCGAUUUAUAAUCAGAAUAUGAAACCAAAUGAUUCCACCAACCCAAACUGUUUUUAAAUCUCUCUCUGUCUCUCUCUCUUACUUUUUCUCUCUCUCUUACUCGCUCUCACUCCUGUUAACUUGUCUCCUGUUUUUCUUUCUUUUAUUGUGAAUUUGUGCCUUUUUGUCAUCUUAUCUUCCAAUAACACUACUGUACAUUGGAGACGUAAAGAAAUGAAUAAAAAGAAGCAAAGCAACUGUA